GCGCGCCAUAGGCUGAGCAUCUGGCGGGCGUCUCCGCCUCCCUCACGCUCCUCACUCCGAGCGCUCGCGCCCGUUGCGGAUGCGUGCGACGGGACGGUCUCGCGCACCCCGCUGUCUCUUCUCCCCUGUCUUUCUCCCUCAGCUGGAACCGAAAAUUAACUACAAACACAGCUAUGGGAGGAUUUAACGCUUAGCGGCCCCUGCUCCAUUUUAUUUAAAUUUUAAGCGUCGAGUUUAUUCCCCGCGAAAAUGGCGACGGGGACAGGCUGGCAGCCUCCGUACAACACCUCGACUAGCAGCACCAAAUAUACCCCCUCGCCAACGUCCAGCAUGUUUUACGACGGGAGUUUGACGCUGGAAUACACUCAAGACCUGCAUUUGAAGAUGAGCAAGAAGAUAGCACAACUGACCAAGGUAAUUUAUGCUCUCAACACCAAGAACGACGAACAUGAGGAAGAAAUCGAGUCUCUGAAAGAAGCCCACGAGGACGAGGUCCAACACAUUGUGACAGAAACCAGAGACAAGAUCAUGCAGUACAAGAGUAAGAUGGUGGACGAGGCAGACCUGAGGCGGCGGCUGGCCAGUCUGGAAGAAUCUGUCGAACUCCACGAACACAUGAAGAGACAGGCUUUAGCAGAGUUUGAGAUGUACAGACAGAGAAUGGAGGAUUCCCAGCUCUGCACUGAGGCCCAACACACGCAGAGAGUGGUUUCUAUGAGCAGAGAGGUGGAGGAGAUGCGUCGGGAUUUUGAGGAGAAGCUGCGGGCAUUCAGCCAGGCUCAGGCCCAGUUUGAGGCGGAUAAGCGCCGAGCGCUGGAGGAGCUGAGGGCCACCCACCGCCAGGAGGUGGAGGAACUCCUCAACAACCAGCAGAACCAGAGUGCCACCUCCAACGAAGACCAGGAGAAACUGGCCGAACUCCAUAGACAAGAGGUGGAGGCACUGAUGGAGAGGGUGGAGGAGCUUACGAAGGAUAAGGUCCGUCUGGUGGAGGAGUUUGAGGCCAAGCUGGGCAAAGCUCAGGAGUAUUACGAGAGGGAGCUGGAGGCCAUGAGGAGAACACACCAGCUCACCACUGAGAACCUGCUGGCCUGGAAAAGGACAGAGGUUGAGCUUCGUAAGGAGUUCCAGGCUCAGGAGGCAGCGCUGCAGCGCUCGCUCUCCAAGCUGAGGAGCGAGCUUCAGAAAGCACAGGAGGAGGCCAGAGAGAACCGAGACAAGACCAACAGACUACAGACAUCGCUGGCCAACGCCGAGGGAACUAUCAAGAACCUGCACAAGCAGCUGGAAGAAGCCAUCCAGGACGGAGAGAUCUGGGUGAUGCAGCUGAAAGACACCGAGUACGAACUAGAGGGCAGCAGGGAACGAGUUCAACAGCAGGCAACUGAAAUCCUUCAUAAAGCCAGUCAGAUUGGCUCCUUGCAGGCCACCCAUAUGGCCCACGAGGCCACCGUCAGGAACCUGGACCAGGAGCAGAACCGGCUGAAGGAGAAGAUCAACAGGCUGGAGGAGGAGAGGGAGGCCCUGCUCAACCAGAGCCAGGCCGCCAACGAACAGCACAAACAACAAGUGCUCAAACUUGAACAGUCUCUGCGUGAGGAGCACCAGGGUUACGAGAAGGAGCUCUCCAGGCUUAGAGCACACUAUGAGGAGGAGAUGCUUCGCUUCAAGGAGGCGCAGGUCAGAGCGCUGGAGGAGUUGGAGGAGAAACACCAGACCAUGAGUGAGGAGGCCCAGCAGGAGAAGGAGGAGGAGAAGAAACUCCUCAUGGCGAAAAUGAGUCAGGAGUUUGAGAUUAAGCGGCUGUCAUUGGAGGAGCAACGAGACCGCCUUCAGCAGCAACUUGACAACUUGAAAGAGGAGCUCUCGGCCAAGCUCAAUAUGGCCAAUCAAGAGGUGUCCCACCUCCAGGAGUUGGUGAGGGAGGGGGAGCAGAACCUGGGUUCAGCUCAGACGCAGAUCACCUGUCUGAGGGAAACGCAGGAGAAACUCCGGAUAGAACUAGACGCAACUAGAUCCCGAGUCCGAGAGACCAGCAACCUGCUUACCGACCUACAGGAGGAGAUCGAGACCCAGAGACAGCAGCACGAGGCCAGAGUGAUGUCCAUCAGAACAGAAGAGAAACAGAAGAUGGACAAGAUGGCGGAUGACUUGGACCAGAAAUGGAGAGAUGCACUGCGGGAAGAGGUGCGUCUUUUGAAGGAGGAGUUGACUGAAGAGUAUGAAGCAGACAAACAGGCGACGUUGACUCAGAUCUCCCAGCAGAAAGAACUGGAGAUGAUGGCGACAAGAGAGGGUUGGCAGAGGAAGGUGGAAGACCUGCUGGAACAGAUCUCUCUGUUGAAGCAGUCCCUGGAGCUGCAGUUGUCUCAGUCCCAGUCAGCUCUGCAGCAGCUGCAGUCUCAGUUCAACCAGGAGAGGGAGCUGCUGACCCAACAGCUGAAAGAGAUGCAGAGAGAACAUCAGAGGAGAGAGCAUCGAUUACAGGAGGCUCACUGCUGUGCCCUGAGCACCAUGGAGGAGGCCAGACAACACCAGAUAAGGGCUCUGGAGGAGCGUCUGAAGCAGGAGCAGAGGGAGGAGGUUCACGCUCUGAAGGAGGCCCACAGGAGGACUUUAGACAUCCUGAGGCAGCAGUCGGACCAGGAGCUGCAGACACUGCGCUUUGAACUGGAGGAUGAGGGGAAAGCAAAGCUGGCUUCUCUCCGUGCGGAACUGAACCAUCUCCACGCUACAGCCAUAGAGCAUCUGAAGCAGAUCCACCUUAAAGAAAACACUGCCACCAAGCGAGAGCUAGAGAAAGCUAUGGAGCACAGCCACCAGCAGGAACAAGAGCUCCUGGGUCGUAUCUCAGACCUGCAAGCAGAGUUGUGUUCCCGUAGCAACCGCAUCACCGAUCUGGACCAUGAGAUCCACUCUCUGAAUGAGACCAUCGACACUCUGACCAGAGAGCUGGAGCUGAAGGGCAAAGAGGUGCUGCGGGUCCGCAGUGAAGCUAAUCAUCAGAUAAGGGCCCAUGAACAAGACCUUUCAAAGAGACAUGAGAGGGACCUGGGGGAGAUGAGUGUAGUCCAUCACAGAGAAACACAAAUCAUGCUGGCUGACUUCAACAAGGCCCAGGAGGUCCUCAAAGACAAGAUCUCUGCUCUACAAAUAUUGUUGGAGGGGACAGAGGAGAAGCUAAGAAACAGAGAAAGCCGACCAGAAGACCUGCACAUUAUCGCAGAGCUCAGAGAGAUGGUCACCGAGAGAGAAGCUCUGGUCAAAAAGCUGGUGGACGACAAGAAGUUCUACCAGUUGGAGUUGGUCAACAGAGAGACAGGGUUCAACAAGGUCUUCAAUUCCAGUGCCAACGUUGGUGUAAUCAACCCUCUUAUCAAGUCAAAAACAGGCAGCCAAUCAGAUCACCGCUUCACCAGCUUUCCUAGCCAGUCAGCUCUCCGAUUCGUCAGCCCUCCCACCAUGAGUCAUGAAGGAGAGGAAGAGGAGGGACGGGAGGUGGAGGAGGUAGGACCAGGAGGCCGCUUUGUGCCUCCUCACUCCCCCCUCCAGAGGUCCCUCCCCAGACUUAGGAAAGCCCUGCCACUGUUCAGCCCUCUUUCUCUUCCCCCUCAGCAUACUCCUCCUCCUUCUCCUCCUCCUCCUUCUCCUCAUCCUCCACAUCAUCCCAUGCCAAGCCUUGCUCUUCCUCAUGCUCCUCAUCCUCAGGAAGCCCUGGUGCAGCAUCAGGGUCUACAAAGCUUUAGGAGCCUUCCUGAGGACAACGCCACAGCACCAUCCGACCCGAGGGGGGUUGAGGCAGGAAAAAGGAAAGAAUAUGUUGCAAAAGAAGAGGAGCUGUACUCGCAGUACUUCUCUUUCUGACUGGCAAAAAAACAAAAAAAAUCCCAAUUGUGUCAAAAAUGAAGUAAUGGGACAGAGAGCUAAAGUUGGACAGCGAUCAAACUGAAGGUUCUGAAAGACAUUAAUAUCAAACGUCCACAGCUAAUCACAGCAUUCCCAUCAGUCGGGCAGUACUGAGAUUCCAGUGUGACUGCAACCUUAGGGCUUCCAUACGUGGUGAGCACGAUGAGUAGUGUGGCUCGUCAGUGCGUCAUCAUGAGAGUGCACGGUAGCAGGAGGUGAGGCAAUAUACACACAUUAGUCGACGGUCUCUGCAUUUAUACCAUCUGCAACUGCGCACAAUGUGACAUUUGUAUGAGCUCUAAAGUGGUAAAUAUAAUGUCAAGUUUAAAGGACUUCAUUACCCAUGAGUUUUGAGGUAUUGAAGAGGUUCACUUGCAGCCCUUUGAGAGGCAUCUUUGGCUCUCAAGAGGAAAUUUCACUGAUUAACGUGAUACUGAAACGUGAAUGCAAAAAACUAUAAUGCUAUGUAAUUCAAUAUGCUACAUUUAGUUUGAUUUUAUUUCUUUGGUUUAGAGAGGAAGAAUACAUUUAAAUAUAAGAUUUUUGGUCACAUGUCUAAAUAAUAAAGGCAUAGUGCCUCUACUAAUAAUUAUAUAUAAAUCAAUUAUUUUUACCCAUGCAAAGAUGUUAAAAAUGAUGCAUCCUCGAGUUUAUCCCAGAUUGUAUCACACUUUCUGAAUCAGAGCAAUCACAUCUUGAACUUCUAUGUCAGUGCACCGAUGCGAAUCAGUGAAUCUUACCCUCCCCAGUGUCGACAAAUUAAAUAACAGUCCACUGAUAAAAUGUAACUAUAUUCUUUAACAUUUAAAGUCAUCAUAUCAAGAUGAGAGCUGUAUUAAUAACAUAUAAUGUCUCAACAAGAAAUAUUGACACAUUAAUGUGUUAUUUUAGUCGUUGGAGUAGUUGUUGGACCAUCUUUCUGAUUCCUGUUAUGCCAUAUGUCAAAUUUCCAGUAGAAAGGGCAUUUAAAAAUGAAAAAACACUCAUCCUCCCAGGUCUCACACGGACAGAUUGGUUUUAAUAUAAAGAGACUGUAGAGCUCUUACAGACAUUUCAGGCACUCACCUUAGUUUUUCCUACAAAUAAAGUGUUUAGAUCAGUGGUUCCCAACCUUUUCCUGUAAUGUACCCCCACAGCCCUGUCUAAGGUAACAUUUGAGUGGUAGAAAUGUAUCCAUUUAUCCAUUUCUUUUAAGCUUUAUAAACCAUUUUCAGAUAACUACCUGGUUAUUCAUUACUUAAAGAAAUCUAAAGUAUUUUAUCCACUACUUCAGGUCUUUCAUGAUUUUUUAUAAUAGUUGCCGCUCACAAUUUCCACCAUUCAUCGAUUACUUUUUAGCUAUCUAUUUAACCACCUAAGUAUCACUAUUAGAUGUUAUGGAUAAAUAGUUAAUUAGCUAUCCAGCUUAACAGUGACAGCCAAACCUCCAAUAUACAUUCUUAAACCUUCAUGAAAUAAUUCCCACCGAUUCUGGAGCUCAUACAAAGAAGUCAUAGUAAUGGUUGCAGUGAGUAUGAAUAUAAAGACAAUAGUAACAUACUGUAGAUUAAGAGAUGUUCACCUCCAUAUAAUUUCUUUUUUUUGUACAUCAACAUGUGUCUUACAAGCUGUAAUUUGACUGGAAGUGCUUUGAAAGUUCAUCCAGGACAAAGUGAUUCUUGCCUUGAUACUCGCCUUUAGUCUUUCAUGCUGUGGCCCCAUCUGCAGUGUAAAUACACACCAUGUAUUUGAGGAAAAAUGGACCGAGCUAGCUGCUGAUUCUGGUUGUUUUUUUGGCCUCAGUGCGAUGAACUACAGUAUACCACAAUAACGACACCAGCAAAAAAAAAAAAACUAACUUUAGCUUGCUGUCCCAGUGCUUUGACUGUGUACAUACAGUAUAUGUUUGAAAGUCCCUUUCAAAUCUCUGAGCUAGUUGAGGGGCGCUUGAUUUACCAUUCCAGACACCUCAACAGUCUCAGGAGGGGAAACAUCAAGAGGAACUGAAUCAAGCACCCCUCAUAUUUUUAUUAUUCCAGUAUUUAUAAUGUAACAAGCUACUGUUUUUCUACGGUCUGUUUGUGAUGCCAGUGGACCAGAGACAUGCAGAGAAAGAGUUCUGUCAGCGACAUGGAAGGAACUUUUUUAAUGCCAAGUAUUAUGUGUUCAGUUAAACACUUAAUUUCAUUACAAGUUAGGAGCUUCAUGUGAGCAACUCAACUCUUUUGCUACAUGUCUCUGCCUGUGGGGCAGGCCAUAGAGCAUGUGAAAACAGAAACACUAUCAUAAUGCUGCUGUCACUCACUUGAAACCCUCAUAUCUCCCGUUUUUUGGUGUACUGUCUGUUUUGACUUGACUUGACAGUUUACAUAGUUCUUGUGCUGCAUAAUUUAAAGGUCCAUUCAGUAACCUGUACAGUUUCCAAACCGCAUGGUCAUCAUCAGCCUGAAAGAGGCUCCGUUUCUUACUUCUUACAAAGUGGAUAGAGGGACGUGAGGUGUGAGAGGCUACUUCCUCUCACGCCGACACCACCGGGGUCCGUCCAACAACACAAACACAUUCAGUCACAUUACGGCUUCAAUCGAUGCUCGCGUCUCAUAACAGAAUCAACUGAGGCCUCAAUGGUUCAGGAAGCGUUUGCAUUCAUGGAUCAUAAAAUAUAUUAGACACAAGUCAAUAAUGCAAUCCAAUACAAUCUCACCACAAAGAACCGAAUCAGCCCCUUUGAUAAAGUAUCAACAAAUAUUAGUCUUUGGGUUCUAGUAUUGGAUUGCAUUAAACUGUUUCCCUGUUUGUUUGUUUUUCAUCCAGCUCCUGUACACUAUAUAUUUUACAAAAGCCUUCUAAACCUUCAAAAUAAUUCAAGAAAAUAUAUACAUUAAAGCCCCUACAAGCAAUCUUAAUUUUGGUUUCAAGGAGAAUCAGACUCAGUGGCAGGCAUAACUAUAUAGAAAUAUUUGUUUAUGUAGCUCAUAUAGAGGGGAUCCGUUUCAUAACCUGUCCAUUUUAGAAAUAAAUGUGUACUAUUGAUUUUAUUUUCAUUACAGAGUAAUUAACAACUAAGAACACUAAUCGGCACACCAGGCACACCAUUGCCGUAAUACACUGUAAUACCAAACCUUGUGCAUCCCUCACAUCAGAUUAUACCUAAGGGUAUCGUUGGCUUAUGGUAUGUUAUGUCUUAGCUUAGCAUAAAAGCAGAAAGCAUCUCCUCUCUUUAAUCUGUAGGAAAAAAAGCAUAAAAACAUCUGUUUGUGGAUCCACGGGAUGUUAAGUGCGGAACUACUUCUUGGCCUGGCACAUUGUCUCCGCUCGAUGUCUGGCAACUUUAUGCUAUGCUAAGCUAAGCUAACAUCUCUCAGGUAUAGCUUCAGUAUUAACAUACAGACAUGAGUGGUAUCGAUCUUCUCGUCUAACUUAAGGCAAAAAAGCAUAUUUCUUGUAAAAUUUGCGGUAUUCUGAAAAGAAAGAUAGGAUGUCAAUUCUCUUGAAAAUGGAAAAACUUCAAGAUAUUCUCUUUUUGCCUUCUUUUUUAAUGGCGAUUUCAUAGUAUAUUUGUUUAUUAAGUACUGAAAUUCUACUUUUUUGUGUUUCCUUUGUCUCAUAUCACUGUUCUGUCAAAUCAAAAAAUGAAACACUUCCUGAAAGCAGACUGGACCUCUAGCAGACGUGUUUGUGUUUGUGCCAUAAGGGAAAGACAGUCAAAAUUAGCCAUCAAAUUAGAACAUUUUAUAAAAGACUUAUAAAACUAACUAAAUAAAGAAUUUGCCUCCCUGAUUUUAUACUAUAACUAUACAGCAAACUUCUAUCGCGACACUCUAAUCUCUAACUGUCCCCUUAUGACAUGAAUGCAUCAUAAUGCCAUUGAAGUUUAUGUUACGCUGACACAGUAUAUUAAAUGGUUUAAUCGUAUUAUUGACCUGUAAAGUGACAAAACCCAGCAAAGAAAAUGGACCAAUAAAGACAAACAACGGUCUCCUCUCUGGGAGCGUAGACCAGACACUGAACCGCAGUUGGUUCACUCCUCCAUUCGCACUGUGAAGAUUAUAUUUAUUCAAACAAUUACGUUAGAUAUUGACAUUUAAGCUUCAAUGUCUGCGUCAGACUAUGCAGAAGUCUUUUGUUUCUUCUUUAGUUUUUUCCUUUUACUUAAUACAUUUCUCACAAUCGCAUCCAAUUUUACUGCCACUCUUUUUUUCCCUGCUUAUGAUUUCACAUACUUGUAUGUGUACUGUUUUUUCCAGCUAAAACCAAGAAGCGCAUUGUGGGGGACUGCCCUAUCUAACAGUGAUAGAGUUUUGAAUGUUUUCCUACCUUCCAGGCAGCCAGUAAUUUAACUACAGUAUCAAGAUCCACUUACAGAAACUUGAAAGUUGGCUUUAGAUGGAUAUUGCAUCAUUGUGAAUUAUAUUUCUGCUUUAUAUUGUCAAAUAUUAAACUUUUGAAAACAAUAAAAGCAGACAUAACAUUCACUGUGAUGGAUUGCCAAACUCAAGUGAGUUUAAAGUCUCAGCUUGCAGUAAUGUACAGUGCGCUCUCACUCCCAACUUGUUCAAUACUACCGCUUGGUCAGUGGCUCUGCAGUCAAGUUUGCAAGAUUUAAUAUGCAACAUCCGGUUAGACUUUCCAAAUUAAGCCUGCAAGGUUAAGAUUGUGAAACAGUCGCAGUUUAGUUAGUUCUGGGCACAAAAACUACUACUACUUACGUGCCUUGACGUAAUUUAAAUGCAUGAAUAAAAGGUAACUUAUGUAAUCUGUGUUACCACAGACUGUAUAUUUACAAAUGGACGUGGUUUCCAUGGCGUCACCCAUAGGUUUCUGAAGUUGUGAGCUCAGUGUGGUUGGAAGUCCUGCCUCCGCCGGCUCCCAGCUGAUCCAAAAAUGGACGUGGUGGAGCGUGCGUGGGGCUGAGGCCGGUAAAUGAAGAUGAAGGUUACCGAAAACAGCCAUCUGCGACAAGACCCACCUAUUCAUAAUUUUUAAGUCUCAACGUUAUAUAAAAUUUCAUCCCUCGUACAGUUGUCAUGAACAGGUAAAUUAGCUAUAGAAACCAAAACCGUUUUUUGCUCCAGGCUGUAAAUAUGUUUAUUUUUGCUGUAAAGGUCGGGCAUUUUAAUAUGGGGCCUUAUGGAGAUUGACUCAUUACUGUAGUCAGCCUCAAGUGGCCGUUUGAGGAAAUGCAUUUACUUCAGUGUUUGCUUAAUUUGCUAGCUACGGAGGUUGCUGCUUGUAUGUAACAUAAGUACGUUCCGUUAGUUAAUUUGCAUACAUUACAAAGAAAUGUACUUUUGGUUUUACAUGGGACACGAAAAAUUGUCCUUUAACAGCAAUGCGUUCACAAAUGACGCAUGAGGGAUAUUUUGAAAUGGAUGGCGACUGACCUUAGCGGCAGUGUUUGAGGACUUAGGAGUGACACUGUGUUGUAAUGUAAAAUAAGUUUGUUCUUGACCCUGGAAACAGCCGUUGAGAAAACAGCCCCACCUCAAGCUCCAUUCUGGAGCUUUCAAUUAUAUCAUAAUCUUCUGCAGCAGAUGGAGCUCACCUGCUUGCCAUGGAAUUGUAGAUGUUGAAAUUUCCACUGUUUUCUGAGCACUUUAAGGACUUCUUGUCCAUGUUGGCUUAAAUGUUGAGGUUCAAAGUUCAGUCUUGAUCUUGGGAACAGCAGCUGAGAGAACAAUCUUACCACAUUUAGGUCCAUUCAGUAACCGUUCCGGAGCUCUUAUAAUCAAAUGACAUGGUCUUCAUCAGCAGAUGGAGUUGGAUAACAGUUUGACAGCUGAGCAAACUCCAUCUGCUGACAAAGAUCAUGUGAUUAGAAAGCUCCCGAACAGCUACUGAAUGGACCUCGUAGUGAGAUGCUUAUUAUGAAUGAACAAACCACUGGUAUGGUCCCUAAAGUUGUGUUUACUUGUUUAAGAUAGCAAGUUUAUUUUUUACAUAAUUGUUCCAUUCACAUAUUUGUUAUUCUUUCUAUACUGUUUGAUUUGUAAUUUAUGCAUUUGCUCACACUGUAUUGGUUUAAUUGACCCAUUUGUUUGAAUGUGCCACAUCUGAAUUGUUUUAAAGAAUACCACUCAGUUAAAGGUGUUUCUUGGAGCCUGCCUCUUGUGGUCAUCAGCAGAACUGCAGGCAUUGCCAUCACAUGACCUUUGUCCAUCGUUGCCCCAAGGUUUAUGAAGGUCUUUUUGAAUUGUUGUAACCUUUAAAAAUGAAUGGGCAUUCAUGGGAACAUCAACUCUUGUUUCUCAGCACCUGACAGAAACUUCUGGAGGUUUUUUUAAACACUGGCAUCAGCUGGCCAUCAGUGAACCAUAGGAACUGCAACUUAUUAAAACUUGUCUGUUUAGUUUUUUUGGAUGUACGAUAUACCGUUCAGGGCUCAGUUCAUUUCACUUUCAACUCCGUUUUUUUCCAGAACAGAAAAAAAAUGGAAAAUUGUGACGUCUCUACAUUUUAAGAAAUAAACUGUAAACUGUUGUUGCAGUUUGUAUUUGAACCGAGUUGAAAGUGAUUUGAUGUCGCCCUUGUGACUUAUCAUUUAAUGAUGUCCGUCUUGCCAUUUUUGAAGUAAAAUAUAUAAUAAUUAUUGCAACAAUAUUUAUUUAUAUUUAUAUCAUUUCUGUUGUACGUUAUGGAACAGUAAAAUUAUCAUUGUGAGAUAAA